UGAACGAAUUUUAAAAUGGUUAAUUCUGCAGUUCAUUAUCAGUAGGUAUGUUUGAACUCUUUUGAGCAUCCCUCCUGAUUUGAUAUUCUCAGGACUCUACUUCAGUGGGCGGGGACUCGAACGCGACUCCGCCCACUGCAGACGCUACGUGAUAAUGACAGUGGCAGGUGAUGCAGCUCUCGGUGGAUGCUGAGCGCAGGAGGCUCGCGGGAGGGGCUGCUGAACACCUCCCCGUAUUCUAACGAGCGCAAGGGGAUCAGGACGAAGCUAAACCAGAAUAUAUUUCACUUAUAAAAAAACCGCAAUGCCUCUUUUGCACUGGAUUUGUUUCCUGACAGCAUCGUUUUAGGGAAAAACAUUUCGAAUCGGACAUUUUGUGUUCCCCCGGCCGCGAGGCACAAGAGCGCGUUUAGUUCCACAGACUAAAUACAAAACAGCUUUGAGAAAAGGAAAAGAUUGACAUAACUCAAGGUAAGACGUUUGCAGACCAUCAUGGCAUGGCCCUGUAUCUCCAGAGCCUGCUGUAUGGCUCGGUUCUGGAACCAGCUGGACGAGGCCGACAUUGCGGUGCCGCUGGUUUUCACCAAGUUCUCAGACGUGUCCGAGAUGCAGCAUCUUCACCUGCAGCAGCCCGCGCCGAAGGAACCGCAGUCGCUUCCCAACGACCACGACGAGGUGACCAAAGGACCUGCAGCCCAGGAGGAGAACGUCUCAGGAUCUGUGAUGCGCCAGGACUAUAAACACUGGAAAGUUCGCCCGGAGCCCAGCUGCAAGCCCAAGAACGAGUACCACGGCCCCGAGGUUCCUUUUAACAACGAGACCCAGUAUCAGAAGGACUUCAAAGCCUGGCCUAUCCAAAAGAGGGGAGAUCAUCCUUGGAUCCCCAAACCCUCUCCGACCAUCUCAGCAGGCAGUGACCGCAUCCCUGACAGACCCAAACACUCCUCAGAGAAUGGGGUGGAAAAGAGUGAGAUUGCUGACAAGGUGCAAGAGAAGGAGAUCCUGUCUAGUGCCAGGAAAAAGAGGCAAGCAAAGAAAGGGACCAUGCUUCCUGAAACCAAAGCUGGCGUGAAGUUGGACCUGCAGAGUGUUGGGGAUGCCCCCACUACAGAGGGUGAAGGGAGGGCAGCUGUGGAUGCUCUCAACCAGCAGAUCAAACAAGAAGUCACCUCUGGCAGCUCCUACAGGACUGAGUAUAAAGCCUACACAGACGUGAAACCUGUGAAGCUCAUCAGGGCCAAGUCUCAGUAUCAGCCUCCCGAUGAGAAGACGGAUCUGGAGACCAGCUACAGCGCCACCUACAGGGCCUACCAGGCCACUCAGCAGCCAGAUGACAACAAAGCCUUGGAGAGGAGGAGGAUACGCACACUGUACCAUGAGCCUUACAGAGAGAGCAGUAAGGUGGAGAAAACCAGUCUUCCUCGCUCCAAACCCAAGAAGAGCACAUCCACCACAGCUGGCAAACCGUUGAAGAAGUCCAAGGAGAAGCAGGUGACGUUGGUGCGCGGAUUGAAGAAGAAGAGCGCAGAGAACCAGCCGGAGAGCAGAGCGGCGCAGGGCGACAAGGAGAAAAGUAAAGAGAUCAACAACAAACUGGCUGAGGCGAAAGAGGUUAUGCUAAAACAGUACCACUACAUUCAGCUCUUUCAGCCCAUCCGUGAUAUUGGUUGGGUGCAGACACUAAAGCAACAUCUGUGGCGCUGUGCGAUGCCUGAGCCAAGAGAAUCUGAGUCUGGCCUCGGACGAGUCAGCGAUUAUUAUUCCGCGGGUACCUCUGGAAGAGAACCACUGGUGGAACGACCAGAACCACGUCGGGGAGUAGUCCGGUUCGCUCCGGACGUCAAGUACUGAUACAAAGCACACCAGAAAGAGGAAGGCAGCUAUAGACUGAGCAAUGGAAUAAUGAGAAAUAUUUUAGAAAAUGUUUUUGCAGACAGAAAGAGAGAUGUGUUCUAUUAAAGUACUGUAUGUAUAUAGGCUGUUGUUAUGUAAUAGGUUCAGAUUAAACGAUGAGCUUCCCAAUAAUACUAGUACUACUAAUAAAAAACAUGAACAAAAAGUACCUGAGCUCCCAGACUGUUUGCAACGAAUGAAAUGGUGCUAUACAUGUAUUUUGUUUCAUGCUCUUUCUCAAAACAUACAGUGUUACCAUGAUGAUCAUUUAGAGUAACAAAUAUGUCAUUAAGUGCUUCAUUAAAGUAUAACAUACUGUUUAAAAGUCUAAUAAAUGUGAACUAAUUAGUGUUUA